UACUGGCUAUUUAAACAGGUUCUGUAUGUGUAGAUACUGGCUAUUUAAACACGUUAUGUAUUUAAAGAUACUGGCUAUUUAAACAGGUUAUGUAUGUGUAGAUACUGGCUAUUUAAAGUUUGCAACACUAUUACGACGACUAUAAUAAUAACGAGCUUGUUAUCUGAAUGUUGUGUAGUGAGUGGUGUCCCACAAACAUCGUUUAAUUUACUGCAAAAUAAAUGAAAUGUUUAUUUUGUAAAACAAACAAAAAAGAAAAUGACCACGUACAGCAUUUACACUGAUAAAGAAUAUACAUUGAUAAAUAAUUUUAAACAGCUGCCUACAAAGUAUUUGUUUAGUUUAGCGCCUAAAAGCUAGCUAUUUUUUUCUACAGUUAUUUACGUCUUCGGACACAAACGUCAUGAAACGGUAACACGUGUUUCGACUUGUUUCAACAGUCUUCUACAGUGUUACAAGAUGACAAAGCUACAAACAUUCGCUGUCGCACCCACCUUUUCUGCGCUCAUUCUUUGCCAUGCGAUUUGUUAAAAGCUUCCAUUUACCUCUGUAGAAUCUGGCGGCACAGCGAAACGUUCGGAUCAACAGUUCUGGUUGUCUUGUGGAUUUCUUUGAUUUAUCUGUGUCUCUUGGAAGAACAACGAGAUUCAAGCUGCAGCUCAGGAGUUCCCUGGACAGGCUUCCCUGGAGGAACCAUGCAGCCCACAAGCAAACCAUGGGCUUUCUUCACCUUGAUCACUGGAGUGCUCUCGGUGCUGCCUCCGCUGGCGAUGUCAUCGACGGACAUGUGCAGAUGUCUGUACCCCCUGGAGAGGGAGCUGAGAUACAAUAACAGGCUCCAGUUCACAAAACACAAUUUUCCCAUCAAUUAUACCAUCCUUGUCCAUCACGAGGAGGUCUUGAGAAUAUCCAACAUUACCAGAUUGUCUGCAUCGCUGAAGAGCAGAGGGGAGGAAGACAUUGAAGGCAGCCUCCAGAGAAUAUGGCUGUACAUCAACAAAGAGGUUAUGAAGAAGAUCCGCAUGGUGCUUCCAGAGCAGCACCCAUCCCAGCGCUACAUCUCAGACCUUGAAGGCCUGUUGAAAUUAAUUCAAAUGCAUUUCCCUCAGUCUGAGGAAUGGGAAUUUCCUGAACUGCUCCAGGAGAUCUAUGGUGCGCUGAUGAAUCAAGAGCCAGCGCUGUGGAAGAAGGUGAAGCCGAAAGCGCUGCUCGAUAACUGCUGCAAGACCAUGAAGCUGCUGUUUGAGUGUGACUGGAAUGGAAGAAGACUCACGUCUGCCCACUGAAGAUGGAAUGCUUUUACUGUCCUGUAUUUGUGUGUCUCUGUCAGAAACCAAGCAGCUAAGAAACACCAACUGCUGUGCUUUACUUUUGGGUAAUUUUCUGUUUUUUAGAUGAAUUAACCCUGCUUUGUAUUAUUAGAUUGUAAUAUGAUUAAUAGUGUUUUUGUAUCAUAUUGUAUAUUUGUGGCAAAAUGAGUUGCACCCAAAGUGUUUUUUUGUUUGUUUUAAAAACAUGAGCAGGUACAUACGUAAAUAGUGUAUGUUUUAUACGCCUUAAUGAAGAAACAUAUCAUUCAUUAUGUUAAUCACUUACUCUACUAUUAUGAUGCUGCAUUGUACAGCAUUUCAUGAUUGUGUAAAUACCAAAAUACACAUACAUUCCACAUUGAAAUGCAAUUGAAUUGCGGAGCAUGAGAACUAAAGACUGACAGCAUUGUAAUGUUUGUUUUUACACGGUUAGACUUGAGAUAUGAUGCAAUCAAUGCAUUUUGUUUUAAAGAAUUAUCAGAAUCUAAACAAACAAACACACACCCCGUCUCUUUCUCUGAAUAUCUCUGAAUGAAUUCGCACCUUGGAAACGUAUGAUACUAAUACACCAGGAUUUCUUAAACUAUAUAAUAUGCAAGAUACAUGUUCUUCUCAUUGGAGGGAGGUUGUCUGAGUUUGCUUUGUAUGGCUGGUGUAAUUGCUGGUAAAGCACAGGACCUGUGCUGUAAGUUAUUGUACAGGUGUACCAGGGUCCCUUCUAAUGGUUGAACAGCGUGGUCACGUGUCUAUUUAAAUGUUCCGAUAGCCAGUAUCCACAGAGGUAUCAAGUACAAGGGAUGUAUAGUAACUGGCCAGGCGACUCUUUUGUAAUGUAUGCAAAUUUUACUCCUGGUUUCCAAUCACUACUAAAACUACUCAAGUAUAUAUCUGUGCAGUGUAUUAUUAACAUUGCACAGUGUGAGGAUCUCUUCAUACACUGCCAUUGAGAAACGGCAAUAAAGGGCUUGGGAAAGAG